CAAUUGCCUCAAACAUGUCGGCCGACACCAGUGACUCAAACGCCGAACGUGACUAUGAGUAUGGUGGGGAUGGGUUAAACACCGAACCCGAAAUCACGUUUAUGCUGUCAACACAUUAUGAAACUGAGCCCCAACUAGGGGCUGAGGCUGAAUUGAGAUUCAAUUCCCAAGCCGAAGCCACUUCCUCUGCACGAUCUGGUCAAGGCAAAGUGCCUUCAGAGGAUAGGGAGGUUGCCGACCUCUUUGAGAGGGGCCAAGUCUGUCCCCAUGCCCACUUUUUUAAUGGUGAACCUGACGAGUAUGAGAAGUUUUGCCGAGACUAUAAUAUUCCUGAAGAUGUCGUCGUCAGUCAGGUUGCUAGCAACCGUAUUAAGGAUAAGAGGGAACACCAUCCCGAGCAUACAGUCCCCCUGAUGGCGAUAUGCGAGGCCGGGCUUCGGUUCCCUCUUCAUCCAUUUCUAAGGAAACUUUUGGCUCGGUUCAGCCUGGUUCCCCAUUUCUUUGCGAUCAAUAGCUACAGGAUCGUGAUGUCAGUGAUUGCAUUGAAGGAGCUCCACAAUCUGGAGUUCUCCGUUGCUGACCUUUUUCACACCUACAUAAUGUCCAGGCACGGCCAAACCGACCGUCGAUACUUUUCUACCCGCAGGGACAGGACACCCUUAAUAGAUGGGUUGCCUGACACCGACAAGUGGGCAAACUUUUAUGUCGAGGUAAACGGCAACUACGAGUUCGGCGACCAAUCCAAUCGUCGAUACUCCGUGCCAAAGAUAAAAGAUUUUCGAGGUAGAUUUCUUUUUUCUGUUUUGGCCGAGCCCCUUUGAUCUUGCAUUCCUUAUUCAUCAUUGUCUUAUCGCUUUUUGUUAACUGCAGAUCAUCGAUCCAUAACAAAGACUCAGCAGUCACUGGCUGUUGAAAAGCAUGUAGAGGUCCUGCUAUCCCAAGCUGUUAAGGACGCGCCGACGCUACUUAGCUACAUCCCAUCUUACAAAGGCAAGCUUAGGAAGAGAGAGAAGGGGGUUGGCCAGUCGAGCAAGAAGGCAGGAAUCUUUGAGAAAGGUGCUGGUUCUGAAGCGAAGGAACGCUAGCGGAAGGGAGCGGGCAAGAGGCAGAAGGAGCCGAGAGUGACGUUUCCUACUUUCAGGAAGCCAGCAGAAUUCUAGUUUCAGGAGAGUCAGCCAGCCGAGCUCCUAGGUAUAAACAUUUCUCUUCAGACCCUAACACCUGAGUUUGCAGGCGUAAACAUUCCUCUUCAGACCCUAGUACCCGAGUUUGUAGGGGACAUGGGGAGGAGGAACGUGAUCUGGGUAAACAUCAGGGAUGGUGCCACGGUUUGCCCAAAAGUGGUUAAUUCGUCCGAGCCUGCCGAGAAGAGGCAGAAGUUCACGCACGACUUCUUCCCAACAAAGCCGUCUACCCUACGUCCAGGCGAGAGGGAAAGGGCAGAGUCAUCGGUUGCGGGUGCUUCGAAGGUGACACAAAGGUCCGUGGACUCAGCCGAUCCAGUCGCCGUUCAAGAGUUUACUCCAUCUUUUGUUAAGGCUGACGGUAGGGUGGUGAGUAUUGAGGACAACGUCAAGCUUGAGCCCGACUUGGCUGUUGCAAUGUUGCGCGGUGUCGCUCUUCCUCGGGACAUGGAAAAGGUGCCGGAAGACCUACAGCCGAGCAUGAUUCAUGCAAGUGCCUAUCUUGUUCAGGCUUGUCAGGCUCUUCUUCAGGCUUCUAACAAAGCCGAGCUUGUAACCGCUGAGAGGUCACGCUAUCAUGAUGACUUGAAGACUGAACGUGAACGCGUGAAGUCACUGAAGACGAGUUUGAAGGUGGCGAAGGCCUGUGUGGCCGAGUUAGAAAAGGAAAAAAAUGAGGCCAAGGACAAAUCAAAAAAAGCCGAGCGUGAACUUGAGAGAGUUUUGAGAAGGGAGAAGAGGAAGAUGAAGGAAGUCGAUGUGAAAGCUUAUCAGGCUGGUUUCGACCGGGCCAGAGCCGAGUAUAUGUGGGAUGCUCGAAAGAUGGUCAAUGAGGAGGUGGAGAAGAGGGUGCCCAUGGCUUAUAGGAACGGUUAUAAGGAUGGUGUGGCUACUGCCGCCAGCGCUCUUCAACUGGAGUCCGACUCGAAUUUGUACAAGUCGAUUCCAGCACCUGCUGUUCCCUAGCUUAUCCUCCCAUACACUAAGGAAGAGUGUGCGCCGCUUCCUCCUGAGGAAUUCCCGGAGAGUGAUGACAAUGUUGAGGACGUCUCUGGGGAUGAUGCCGAUGGUGGAGAUGGGGUUGCUGCGCAGGAGACUAGUGAGGUUGGGACUGAGAAAGUGGCCGAGGACGCUGAGCAGGAGACAAUGAAUGUUGAUAAAAAUACCGAGGCCGAUGCUGAUGUUACUGAAGAGGACACUGUUCAAGCAUGAGUAGGAGAUUACCAUUUUUCUUUCUUUUUUGUUGUCUUUGUUGUUUUUGAACUUGAAAUUGAAAUUUUUGUUGGGCUGGGCGGAUCCAAGCUUGGAUUUUACCGUGCCAGAUAUAAUAGUUUGU